UUGGCCUCUGAGCAGAAGCUGGAGGAAAAGGUAGCCCAAACAGAGAGAGCCAUGGUGAAAAGGAUCGGGGACGUCUUGGCGAGCAGCAUCGACAGGGUGACCUUGCUGAAGAGCUCCACAGACAAGAACAGCCAGAGGCUGGAGCAGCUACGGCGGCAGUUAGCACAGCUGUCCGCUGCCGACACCGUGCUGGCCAACCGGUUCCAGACCCUGGAGAGCGGGCGUGCCCGCCUGCUGAAGACCGUCACCUUCGCCAGCGAUCUGAAGCCGAAGGUCUCGAACAUCAAGCAGGACUUUGCCCUGCUGGACCCUCAGAUAGCCGACCUGACUCUGAGGAUUGGCCGGCUGGCGGAGGACAUGAUGAGGAGGGAGGAGGAUAUCGUGCAGCUUCGGGACACCUUGGCUAACCUGACGGCCGUCAAGGGUGACCUGCAGAAAAUCCAGCAGCAGCUUACCCAGGUCCCCAACAUAAGUGACAUGUUCCCUCAGACCAACAAGCCUGGGGAGUAGAGACCCCCUCAAAUAUUUAAUAUUAUAGGGACUUUUCUGGAUCAAGGCGAAUCUCCCUAAAUAUCCGCAGUCCGAUUCCCAUUACUGCCAGGGAGAAUGUUCCCUUACUGGUCUUACCAUUGAAGCUGGAGUGUUUACUGUAGAUUUCUUGUGUGGCGGCUAACACUGAGAGAGCAGUUAUGUCAGUGUUAACUUGGAAUUCUCUCUCAAAAGAUGGAAUGUUCUGUGCGAGCAUUGUUAGUCCUGUCAAGGCUGAUGUUGAAAUAUUUUCCAGUUUUGUAAAGCCAUUAUAUUUCUGAAUGGAGAGAACUCCAGGUGUGAGCUUUGUGUGCUCAAAGAAUCAAAUAAUGUUUAACUGUGCUCAGUAGUGGCUGUCCGGAAGCCCAAGUGGAUCUGAAUUAAUACCAAAGACAUAGCUUGAGUGAGGAGCUGGAACUGAAUAACCUAAGGCAUUUAUAAACUGCAGUAUGAGCAACUUUUUAUUCAAGGGCAGUCACUGUCAACACAUUGCUCACUGGGCUUUACCUUGUAGCUGUAGAUUAGUUAUAAAUGUUUAGAUGCCUAAAAGUCAUUAUUGACAACCAGGAAGCGAUUAAAAAACAGAGUAGUCAGCUGCAUCUUUGCACUGGCUGCUCCAGCCUGCUGCCUUUUUGCAGCGCACUGAUUGCAAGAAAUUACCAUUGCAGCAUUAAAUCACUGUAGGAAUUUGGUUCCUUGUAAAGUGAAACUUGUUGUUCCAAAGUGUAUGUCAAUAACAAUUCAUUACCAGGGCAAAACGGCUUUCUUUAUAGUAUGAAGCAUAACGGGUAAAAGCAAAACAGGUCAAUUACCAUGGUGUUUUUCAGGCAGUGUGUGUGUGUGUGUGUGUGUGUGUGUGUGUGUGUGUGUGUGUGUGUGUGUGUGUGUGUGUGUGUGUGUGUGUGUGUGUGUGUGUGUGUGUGUGUGUGUGUGUGUGUGUGUGUGUGUGUGUGUGUGUCCCUCCCUCCCUCCCUCCCUCUCAUUUGGUUCUGGUUGGUCAUGAACCACCACCCUUUGAUCAGUUCAGUUUUUCAGUUUGAUCUCCAGCAAGUCUACAGUUGGGCAUGCCAAGAUGGAUUAGGUUAACCAAAAAUUUUAUUCUGAAAUCUCCAUUUGUCCAUAUUUCUCCAUCUCCAUUCUAAACAAUACAGGGAAUCACAAACGUCUUACUGCACAGACAAAAACAACUUGAGAUGCCGAAGAGUCUAUUUUGAGAUGAUAACCCAGCGUAAAUUGCUGAGAAAUAACACAUGCUUGUACAUAAUUAGAUCCAGUCAAAGUGAUUCAGGGAAUUCUGUGGAACUAAUUAAUGUCCUCAUUAAAGUGGUCCCUGUGAAAA